GAUUACGCUUUCGCUUUCUGUGCACGUGAUAUUUUACAUUAACAGACGCAGGUGUGAUUACCACUUCAUUGAGGAAAAAACGUUUAGCUAGGCUAUUUAAAAUAUGAGGCGCAUAGCAAGGCACAUUCGGUCGUUUUAAAGAAAUUGUGAAAGAAGUUGUUGCGCACGCUGACAUACACAGGAAGUACAGUAAAUUUCCUGGUGAUAGGCUAAAUAUGUAAAUAGGUCGGCGCGUGUUCGUUUUAUUGCGGCUACUCUGUUGGGGUUGUUGGACUGGAUACCUGUUAGAUUGUUUAAAAACUCAAGGAUGAGCCAAUGGAAACAAAUCCAGCAGUUAGACAUCAAGUUCCUGGAGCAGGUGGAUUACUUCUAUGACACCUUCCCCAUGGAGGCUCGGCAGGUGCUGGCCAACUGGAUAGAGGGCCAAGACUGGGAAGAAGCUGCUACCCAGGAGCCCAUGGCAACACUGCUCUUCAACAACCUCCUGAUCCAGCUGGACCGCCACUGCACCCAGGAGCCCAACUUCCUGCUGAGACACAACCUCAAGAGGAUCACACAGCAGCUGCAGAUGAAGUACAAGAAUAACCCAGUGCAGGUGGCUGUGAUCAUCUCCGGAUGCCUGAGGGAGGAGAGGAGGAUCAUAGCUCUGGCCAGCGUACAAGAGCAGGGUCCCUUGGAGAAGGCGAUGCAGAAUUCAGAAGCCUUUGAGAGACAGAAGAACUUGGACAAAAGAGUUGCAGUGAUCAGGAGCAGUGUACAGAUGAUGGACCAGGCAGUGAAAUACUUGGAGGACAUGCAAGCGGACUUUGAUUUUCGCUACAAAACUCUCCAGUCACGAGACCCAAUCGAGCGUAACACCAAGAUGAUGCAACAAGAGGUAGCCACACUGCAGGAGAUCCUCAACUGCCUGGACUUCAAGAGAAAGGAAAUCCUGUCAAAGAUGGGUGAUGUGAUCAAAGAGAUCAACGACAUGAUGAGCACGCAGCUGAAUCUGGAGCUGAUGGACUGGAAGCGGCGGCAGCAGGUGGCCUGCAUCGGAGGCCCCGUUCUGAACGGCAUGGACCAGCUGCAGAACUGGUUCACUCUGACAGCCCAGAGCUUAUUCCAGAUCAAACGGCAGCUUGACAAACUGGGCGAACUCAUCCACAAAGUCACAUACGAGAGCGAUCCCAUCCCCUUACAAAUACCACAGAUGGAGGAACAGGUCAAGUUCCUCAUAUACCACCUCGUCAAAAGUUCAUUUGUGGUGGAGAAGCAACCCUGCAUGCCCACGAAUCCCCAGAAGCCUCUCAUCAUCAAGACGUGUGUGCAGUUCACCACCAAGGUCAGGUUACUAGUGAAACUACCUGAGGUAGACUACCAGCUCAAGGUGAAGACAACGUUUGACAAGGAUACGCCACAAGGCAAAGUGAAUAGGCAAUUCUUCAUCCUCACCCAGAACACAAAGGUGAUGGACGUGGAGGAGUCUUCUAAUGGCUGCCUAUGUGUGGAGUUCAGACACCUGCAAUUGAAAGAAAAAAAGUUCAGUGGCACAAAAGGAAAUGAGGGGCCCCUGACAGUGACAGAGGAGCUUCAUUCUCUCAGUUUCGAGGCAGAGUUCUGCCUCCAAGGAAUCAACAUUGACCUGGCAACCUCAUCGUUGCCAUUGGUGGUCAUCUCCAAUGUGAGCCAGAUUCCUGCUGGAUGGGCCUCGGUCAUGUGGUACAACCUGCUGACGGAUGAGCCCGAGAACCUGUGCUUCUUCAGCAACCCUACGCGAGCCACGUGGUCUCAGCUGUCGGAGGUGCUCAGCUGGCAGUUCUCCUCCUUCGCAGGACGCGGCCUCAACAAGGAACAGCUGAGCAUGCUGGGAGAGAAGCUACUAGGACAGCAACCUGCACAUAAUGACUGCCAGGUCUCGUGGUCUAAGUUCUGCAAGGAAAAUAUUCCUGGGAAGCCGUUCAGUUUCUGGAUUUGGCUGGACUCCAUUCUAGACCUCAUCAAGAAACACUUGCUUCCUGUGUGGAUAGAUGGUAACAUCAUGGGCUUCGUGAGCAAGGAGACAGAGCGCGCCCUGCUGAGGGACAGGGAAUCCGGAACCUUCCUGCUGCGAUUCAGCGAGAGCCACCUGGGAGGCAUCACCUUCACCUGGGUGGAGCAGGCUGACAGCGGAGAGGCCAAAUUCAUCUCGGUGGAGCCGUACACCAAGAACCGUCUCAACGCUCUCCCCUUCGCUGACAUCAUCAGAGACUACAAGGUCAUCGCGGACGGCAUCGUUCCGGAGAACCCACUGAAGUUCCUUUAUCCCGACAUUCCUAAAGAUGAGGCCUUCGGCAAACAUUACAACAGCCAGCAGAGCAAAGGCAAGAUUCCCAUGUUCCCAUAUUUCCCGAUGUCCUUGAUUCCAAUCUCCACACUGCCUACAACGAACAACAUGACCCCUCCAUCCUGCUCCUCCCCAGAACCUCCCAUGAGCCCCGGCAUGUUUGACGUACUCAGCCAGUCAUUAAGCCCCUUCGAGAUGGCCGUUAUCAGUUCCCCAUAGGCUGGAUAAUAACAUUUACAAGAAAUGAUCUGCAGGAAAUUGACCGCUAUUGCUUUUGGACAGAUGGAAUGCAUGCUUAUGCACGAACACUUGCAUGACAGGCAGGGCUAGGUGUAUGUGGAGCAUAUUGCACUUAAGCCCUGCAUGUUACCGAAUCAUGGUAUUGUUUGUCAUGAAUGAGUGAGAAUGUAUUCUGGAGUGAAUGUGUGUAAAGAGGUGCUGUAACGAAACAAUAGUAUACAAGAAAAACAAGCAAGAAAAAAAAAUGUUUCUUUGUGAUCUUUGACUACUUACCGGUAUAAGCCACACAAACAAAAGUUUUUAUUUUUCUGCUUAUCUUGUUUAUUGCAAUUCUGUCCAUGUUAUACUGAAUCGUUUUGUUAGUGCUGCCAACAUGAUGAAACAAAAAUCCGCAAUGAACAAAAUUAUUAUGUUUACUGUCCAAAAAACUGUAGCCAGCUACAAUGUCAGGUACAUAGCUGACUAAAUGUAUUUUAUAUUUACAAUGACUUGUAUGAUGUUCUCAUAAUGUUAACUUGGGUGCUUUGUACCUUUCUGUAUUGCUGUAUUAAAGGGUUUUUAUUUUUGUCCUA